CAGCUGGGAGGGAAGAAAAGCAUUGCUGAGGAGGAGAUGGACCUAGCAGAGGAGUUGUUUCAGAAAGUGAAAAGGUUAUUUGGCGACCCUCAUCAGGCUACAGAAGACCUGAAAGCAGAGAUAAAAGAGAAGCUCUCAGACCAUGAGGAGAAGCUCCAGGAGGCCCAGGAUCUACUCCAGGAGGCCCAGGAAAAGAUGAGGCAGACUGGCUCACUGGCUGAACAAAACCAAGCUAACCUCACAGCCCUAGAGAGGAAGCGCUCUGCAGUAAGCGGAGUGAAACAGGAAGCACAGGAUGUCCUAGGCGAAGGAGAACAUCUCCUGGAUGAGGCAAACCAGCUAUUUGUCAACAUCAACAAGGAGAUAGAGGACUUGGAGGAGAUGCAAAGAGAUCUGGGCCCUCUUCAUGACUCGCUGGAUAAUAAAGUCAGUCGCCUCACCGAUGGUUUAAGUGAUGGCCGUCUGGCUAAUAAGGUGCACGAUGCAGAGGAACACGCUAAGCAGUUGAAUGAAUCUGCUGCCAUUUUGGAUGGCAUUUUGGCUGAAGCUAAAAAUCUGUCCUUCAAUGCAACAGCUGCCUUCAAGGCCUACAGCAAUAUUAAAACAAAUGUCGAUGCAGCGGAGAAAGAGGCAAAGGCAGCUAAACAGAGGGCAAGUGAGGCACUGGCUUUGGCUUUAGGUCCUGAGUUCCCAGUAAAGGAAGCAGCUCAAGGUGCCCUUCAGAAGAGUCACAAACUGCUAAACCAAGCCAAACAACUUCAAAAUGAUGUGAAAGAGAAUGCAGAUAGUGUGGCCGGACUGAAGAGCAGAGUUAAAGCUGCCAGAGACAAAACCAAAGACCUGCUGAAAGCUGUCAACGGAACCAUGGCAACGCUCAACGCUAUCCCCAAUGACACAGCAGCCAAGCUAGCAGCCACAAAGGCUGUAGCAUCAGAUGCUAACGCCACAGCCAUAGACGUCCUGGAGCGCCUCGGGGAUUUGAACCUGCGACUCCAUGGCCUACAGACAAACUACAGCGAACUGGAGGACACUGUCAGUGCAGCCAAUCAGAUGAUCCAGGACCCAGAGAAAAACACCAUCAUCCACGCUGCAGGAGCUAAAGUGAAGGAUUUAGAGGAUGAAGCUGACAGGCUGUUGGAGAAGCUGCAGCCAAUCAAAAAGCUGCAGGACAAUUUGAGGCGAAACAUAUCACACAUCAAGGAACUGAUCAACCAAGCCAGGAAGCAAGCUAACUCAAUCAAAGUAUCAGUGUCAUCAGGUGGUGACUGUCUUCGUAGUUACCGCCCCGAUAUCAGGAAAGGGAGGUACAACACCAUCGUCCUUCAUGUUAAAACCACCAUACCUGAUAACCUGCUCUUCUAUCUGGGAUCAGCUAAAUAUGUUGAUUUCCUGGCCUUGGAGAUGCGUAAGGGGAAGGUAAAUUUCCUUUGGGAUGUAGGUUCAGGUGUUGGGAGGGUUGAAUAUCCCCAUCACACCAUCCAUGAUGGGAACUGGCACAGAAUAGAGGCGUCUCGUAAUGGAUUGAACGGCACCAUAUCAGUAUAUCCUCUGGAAGGCACUAUGGCUGGUAUGAUGCCGACCCCAGCCAGUGCCAACUCGCCCACUGCCUACACCAUCUUGGACGUCGACCAAAACGCCUACCUGUUUGUAGGAGGAAUACUCGGCACUGUCAAGAAAGCAGAUGCAGUAAGAACAACAACAUUCACAGGCUGCAUGGGGGAAACCUUCUUGGAUGGUAAACCUAUUGGACUGUGGAACUACAGAGAGAGACAGGGAGACUGUAAAGGAUGUGUUGUCAGCCCUCAGCGUUCCGAUGGUGAGGGUACAGUUCAGCUGGACGGUGAAGGCUACGCCGCAGUGGGACGACCCACCAGGUGGAAUCCCAAUGUUUCCACUAUAACCUUUAAGUUCCGCACGUUCUCCUCCGAAGCCCUGCUCUUGUAUUUGGCUACUGAAGAUAUGAAGGACUUCAUGUCCCUGGAGCUGUCAGAAGGCAAGGUGAAGGUGAACUUUGAUCUUGGGUCAGGAGUUGGCAAUGCCAGAUCAGCUAACCGCCACAAUGAUGGACGUUGGAAAUCCCUCACCAUGUCCCGCAACAAGAAACAAGCCACACUGACCGUAGUGGACAUUGACAGCGGUGCUGAGGAGAUGAUAGUGGCCACAUCUCAGGGUUCAGCUACUGGUCUGAACCUCAAGGAAACCCAGAAGAUCUAUUUUGGAGGGCUCCCUACUAUUGGAAACUACAGCAUGACACCAAGGCCAGAGGUCAAUCUGAAGCGGUAUGCUGGCUGUCUUCGGGAUAUUGAAGUUUCCAGGACUCCAUUUAAUCUCCUCAGCAGUUCAGAUUAUACUGGGGUCACUAAGGGAUGUAAUGUAGAGAACUUGUACACUGUCAGUUUCUCUAAACCGGGAUACAUGGAGUUGGGUGGCCAGUCGCUGGCGGUCAACACAGAGAUCAGCCUGUCAUUCAGCACUCUGGCAGACACAGGGACCAUAUUGCUGGCAGUGGGCGGACCUUCACUAAAUAGCCAGCAGGCCUGGAACACAAACCUCUUAAACUCCAAGCGGAGACGCAGGCAGUCUGGAGAGGUGCGUUCAACACAUGGACACACUCUUACACACCCAAAUGCUGCGCCCCUUUCCCUAAGUGAAUGACGUUUUCAUAAGUGCAAAUUAAUGAGAUUUGCAUUUAUUGGCAACUGGGA